UCUGUGUAAAAGGCGUGUGAACAGCUGAUUUCAACAUUUGAGCCAAAAUUACUAACAACUUACACCAAAUGAUAAAUUUGGCGCACAUUAACGAAAACCAAAGUGAAAAAAAAAGGGUAAAAAUAAACUGUCAACAGGCAAAAUUGAUAAAUACCCCCCAGUGAUUCUUCUAUAUCUGCUGACACUUGGGUCCUCGAUACAUUGAUCCAGCACAGAUCAGGUUAAUGCAGAAGACGAACAGGUCUGGUGAGGAUGGGGGUUUGGAAUGAAGGAGACUCAGGGGCACAUGUGACCCCCGAUGUGGGGGACCAAUGAAUAAGGCGUCAUGUUUAAUCCACUCAAAGAAAGGAUAAGCACGUGGGCUGGAAGACAUCGAUCAGCAGAGGAGGAGAAGACGGAGCUGAUCCAGAGGAAACGGAUUCAAGAUCUUCCGCUCCUACGAGCGGCAAAGGAAAAUGACAUUCAACUAUUAAAGGAACUUCUGGAAGAUGAGACGUGUGAUCCAUUUCAGAGAGGUGCGGUGGGGGAGACGGCAUUACACUUGGCGGUCCAGUAUGAAAACCUGGAAGCUGUGGAGAUUCUACUGGAUGAGGCUCCUCAGCUAAUCAAUGAGCCGAUGGCCUCCAGCCUCUAUAAAGGUCAGACGGCAUUACAUAUGGCUGCUGUCAAUCAGAACAUAAACCUGGUUCUCACCCUGAUACAUAGAGGAGCUGACGUCUCUUCCCCUCGAGCUACAGGGACAUUCUUUGCACUUAAUAAUAAGAAUCUCUUUUACUUUGGAGAGCACAUACUGUCCUUUGCAGCAUGUGUGGGAGACACAGAGAUUGUGAAGAUACUUCUAGAUUAUGGAGCUGAUAUCCAAGCCAAAGAUUCUUGGGGUAACACGGUUCUGCACAUCCUUGUUCUUCAACCCAACAAACAUCUAUCGUGCCUGAUGUUUGACUUCCUCCUAUCACAAGAUUGUGGAAAGACUCCAAUGGACAUUCCAAAUGUACAGGGACUCACACCGCUGAAGUUGUCCGUUGUAGAAGGAAAUGUGAUUAUGUUCCAGCACUUAAUUCAAAAGAAAAGAAAAAUCCAUUAUACAUUUGGUCCUGUCACCACCAUGAUGUAUGACUUGUCGGAAAUCGAUUCAUGGGACGAUCAGCAAUCCGUGCUUGAGCUUAUUGUAUCAGCCAACAAGAGUAAGGCUCAUAAAAUACUCAACAUUCCUCCAGUUAAGGAGCUACUGCAAAAGAAAUGGAAUUCAACUGGACGUCCAUACACCCGAUUCCUGGGCUUAGUCUACAUCCUAUAUAUGAUCUGUGUCUCUGUAUGUUGUGCCAACCGUCCUCUGAAGCCUCGGACAACAAAUACCACAGACCCCAGAGACAUUACUCUGUUAGUUCAGAAAACUCUGCAGGAAGCUUAUUUGACAUACGAUGAUCAUCUAAGACUUGUUGGUGAGGUCAUUUCGGUCAUUGGAGCUCUCAUACUUUCGAUGAGCGAGCUGUUACAGGCCUACAAAAUGGGUUUGAGGCACUUCUGGAGCCAUAUAUUCUGGAGGGAUCCAUUCAAUGUAAUCAGAAUUUGCUUCGCUCUUCUACUCUUGAUCAUCCUUGCUAUGCGUUUGACUGAUACUGACGGAGAAGUUGUCCCCAUGUCGGUGGCAUUAGUGCUGGGGUGGUGUUACUCUAUGUAUUUUGCCCGAGGCUUCCAAAUGCUGGGACCCUUCACUAUCAUGAUACGAAAGAUAGCCGCCAGUGACCUUUUGAAAUUUUGCUGGCUCAUGGCCGUGGUGGUUGUCGGCUACAGUGUGGCUCUAUUUAUUACCUUUCAGACAGUACAGGGACAAGCGCUUGGUUCUUUUAAUAACCAUAUAAUGACCCUGAUCAGCACCUACUGUCUAUUCUCCAAUCUCCUCAAUGGACCGGCCAACUAUUCUGUUGAGGCCCCAGGGAUGUAUCGCCCCCUCUACGGCUCGUUUUGUGUCAUUGCCUUUCUUCUCAUGUUCAACCUGCUCAUCGCAAUGAUGGGAGACUCACAAUCUGCUAUGGUUAAGAGGAAAGAAGAGUUAUGGAAAGUAGAGAUGAGUGAUGCUACCGUAAAGAUGGAGCUGACAUUUCCACAGUGUCUGUGGUUUGGCACAAAAUCCACUGAGCAAGACUUGGACAAAAGACGAUAUAUUAGUGUGGAAGAGCGGAAAUGGAACCCGCACCAUCCACGUGAAGUCAACAGGUCAUCAAGUGAUGAGGAAUCAGAUGAAGACUCUACACCUCAAAAGUCACAAGAGAGGAGUCCAGACCUGUAUACCCGACAGGAGAUCAGAACAAAUAUCAAUGAUGGAAGUGAAGACAGUAGAAAAGUGGAACAACAUGAAAAUAAUGUGUGGGGAGAAGAGACGUUUCAGCUUUAAAGGGGUAUUCCAGCCUUAGCUAUCUUCUCCCCCUCCAUUCAUGUCUAUGAGAGGGGCCGUGACGGCCGUCACGUCCCUUCCCAUAGACAUGAAUUGAAGGGGUGUGGUGUGACAUCAUGACGGGGCGUGGCUGUGAAUCACAUCUUGGUCUUGGAAGCAGCGCCAGGUACAGAAUGCCGGGGGCUGCACUGAGAUUGUGGGGUCCCGCCACUGGGGGUAAGGGUAUAAGAUGUCUAAAGCCGGAAUUCCCUUUGAAGUUUUUUAUUGGAUACAUCUAUUAUAUGUUGUACUAAAUUUAUCUAAAAUAUGCCAUACUUGCCCAUUCUUGACUGAAGGUUUAAAAAUAACACAAUGUCCCAAUCUGUACAGCAAAGCUGAAGGUUUAAAAUGAACACUUCCAUGCUGCCAUGUGUACAGGAAUAAUAUCCUUUUCUCAGCCUCUGUUAUACAAAACCUUUCUAUAAGACACAUCGAGCCAAAAUUCAAGCGCUACUUCCUUUCCUACUCAACUUAGUAAGUAUGUAGACUCAUAGACAUAAAAAUAUGUACCAAGAUGAUGUGUGAAUGUAAUAAUGAUAUAUGCAAUGGGAGUAUAGAUCGGAAAAGCACAGGACAAAUAAAAAAAACUUUAUUGAUGUAUUGGGGACAACGCGUUUCGGCAUCAACUGAUGAUGCCUUCCUCAGGUCCACUUACAGUUCCCAGUGUAGAUCAGUGCUGGGUAACUGGAACGGAGUCCUGUAGAGAUUCUGUGCUUUCCUCGGUCCGUCAAUAAUGAUAUAUGUAAGUGAUUACAGUAUUAGACAAAAACAAAUUGUGAAAAAUUGUACAAUUGAAAGGAGGCUCUAGUAGUAGGCACACAAGUUCUGUAUGGCAUCCUGCGGCACAUUUGCCCACAGAGGUUACAGAUUGGCCCGUAGAUCCUGCACACUUGUAGGUUGCUGGACUACAGAUUAGUGUUGAGCGGCAUAGGCCAUAUUCGAAUUCGCGAAUAUUCGCGAAUAUAUGGACGAAUAUUCGUCAUAUAUUCGCGAAUAUUUGCGUUUUAUUUUCGCAUAUGCAAAUAUUUGUGUUUGCGAAAAUUAACAUAUGCGAAAAUUUGCAUAUAAGAAAACCUGUGCAAGCAAAAAUUUGCAUAUUCGAAAAUUCGCGCACCAGUCUCA